AUGCCUAGCGCAACCGGGUCCAGCUGGGAGAAAUACCAGAAGAACUUCGCCGAUGAUGAGGAACCAGAGAAGAAGAUAACCCCCCUGACAGACGAAGAUAUACAAGUCCUGAAAACUUACGGUGCUGCUCCGUACGCCGCUGCCCUCAAGAAGCUCGAGAAACAAAUCAAAGAGAAACAACAGAGCGUCAACGAGAAGAUUGGUGUCAAGGAGUCUGACACCGGUCUCGCCCCUCCCCAUCUCUGGGAUGUCGCCGCUGAUCGACAACGAAUGUCCGAAGAACAGCCCUUACAAGUCGCCCGUUGCACCAAGAUCAUCCAGGAUGAGAAGGACAGUGAGAAGAGCAAAUAUGUCAUUAACGUGAAACAGAUCGCCAAGUUUGUCGUCAAUCUAGGCGAACGAGUCAGUCCCACCGAUAUCGAAGAGGGGAUGCGUGUCGGUGUCGAUCGACAGAAGUACUCAAUCAUGCUACCGUUACCACCCAAGAUUGAUCCCAGUGUGACCAUGAUGACAGUCGAAGACAAGCCGGAUGUUACUUACGGCGAUGUGGGUGGUUGUAAAGAGCAGAUAGAGAAGCUUCGAGAAGUCGUGGAAAUGCCCUUACUAUCACCCGAGCGCUUCGUCAGUCUCGGAAUCGACCCUCCCAAGGGCGCUCUACUCUACGGUCCACCCGGUACGGGUAAGACGCUCUGUGCCAGGGCUGUCGCCAACCGAACAGAUGCUACCUUCAUCCGAGUCAUCGGCUCAGAAUUGGUCCAGAAGUACGUAGGCGAGGGUGCGAGAAUGGUUCGAGAACUGUUUGAGAUGGCCCGCACCAAGAAAGCAUGUAUCAUCUUCUUCGACGAAAUCGAUGCCAUUGGCGGGGCCCGAUUUGACGAUGGCGCCGGCGGAGACAACGAGGUCCAGAGAACCAUGCUGGAACUCAUCACACAACUAGAUGGCUUCGAUUCAAGAGGAAAUAUCAAAGUCAUGUUCGCCACCAAUCGGCCGUCGACCCUCGAUCCUGCUCUUAUGCGACCUGGUCGUAUUGAUCGGAAGAUUGAAUUCUCCCUUCCUGAUCUCGAUGGCCGUGCAAAUAUUCUACGCAUUCAUGCAAAAAGCAUGAGUGUUGAGCGUGACAUCAGAUGGGAAUUGAUAUCCCGACUUUGUCCUAAUGCAACAGGUGCCGAGUUGAGGAGUGUUGCGACAGAGGCAGGAAUGUUUGCCAUCCGUGCCCGCAGGAAGGUUGCAACUGAGAAAGACUUCCUUGCAGCAGUCGAUAAAGUAAUCAAGGGCAAUCUCAAGUUCAACUCGACUGCCACAUAUAUGCAAUACAACUAG